UGUGUGUGUGUGUGUGUGUGUGUGUGUGUGUGUGUGUGUUUAGCUCCUAUUUCCGCGUUCACCGCGGGAGCUGGAUGAGUCUCCAGCGCCUUGUGUCUGCAGUGAAGCAGCGUCGCCGUGCGGGGGAUCUGCCAGGCUGCGGGAGGACCCUCACGCAGUCUGAUCGUCUGUGCCCAGCCGGAGCAUGCUGACGCGGGUGAAGUCGGCGGUGGCCAGCUUUAUGGGGGGAAUGAUGGCCGGUGGCUCCAACGGAGACCAUGAUCCCAACGGGCCGGACCUUCCGCUGAAAUACCCCUACAGCAGACCGGAGUUCCUCGGACUCUCGCCGGACGAGGUGGAGUGCUCGGCGGACCACAUCGCCAGACCGAUCCUCAUCCUGAAGGAGACCAAGCGGCUGCCGUGGUCCACCGGCUACGCAGAGGUGAUCAAUGCUGGAAAGAGCUCCCUGAACGAGGACCAGGCUUGUUGCGAGGUGCUGGUUGUCAAGCGGAGACCUUCUGGAGGCACCACACCUGGCCAGAUCUCAAUGACCCGCAGGAGGUCCUCCUUACCUAACGGAGAGGGCCUUAGCCUCCGGGAUGACCGGGACAGCUCUGAAAGCCUAUCCUUCCACUACUGGGCGUUGUUUGACGGCCAUGCCGGCUUCGGGGCGGCUGUAGUGGCGUCCCGUCUCCUCCAUCAUCACAUCGCUCUGCACCUUCAGGAAGUUUUGGAGAUUCUCUGUACGCCCAAUAUGGUCCCGCCCACCUGUAUGGACGAGGAGCCCAUAAACCAUCUUCUGACUGCGUCUCAUCGCUCCCUUACCAGGGCAGCAUCGCUUCGGGGGGCUGCAGGUGCCCCAGGGUCCCCCAGCACAGCACCUCCACGCUUCUUUUUUGAGAAGAAAGUGUCACACGAGAGCUUGGUGAUAGGCGCCAUAGAGAAUGCCUUUAAGGAAAUGGAUGUGCAGAUAGAAAAGGAGAAGGCGGUCUACAACAUCUCAGGUGGCUGCACUGCUCUGGUGGUGAUUUUCCUACAGGGGAAGGUUUUCGUCGGGAACGCAGGAGACAGCAGAGCUAUCAUUAUCCGAGCUGGGGAAGUCAUUCCCAUGUCGGCUGAGUUCACACCGGAGUCGGAGAGGCAGCGGCUGCAGUUCCUGGCCUACAUGCAGCCACAGCUCUUAGGGAAUGAGUUUACCCAUCUGGAGUUCCCAAGGAGAGUUCAGAGGAAGGAGGUGGGGAAGAGGAUGCUGUACCGUGAUUUCACCAUGUCAGGAUGGGCAUAUAAAACUAUAGAGGAUGAUGACCUGAAGUUCCCUCUGAUCUUCGGUGAGGGGAAGAAGGCUCGUGUGUUGGCAACCAUCGGGGUCACAAGAGGGUUUGGGGACCACAACCUGAAAGUUCACGACUCCAAUAUUUACAUCAAGCCCUUCCUGUCCUGCUGCCCAGAGGUCAAAGUGUAUCCCCUAUCGCAGUACGAGCACGGAGCAGAUGAUGUUCUGGUGCUGGGAACCGAUGGACUGUGGGAUGUCCUGUCUAACCAGGAAGUGUCUGAGGCGGUCACCAGUUUCCUGGCGAACUGCGACCCAGACGACCACCACAGGUACACAAUGGCAGCUCAGGACCUCAUCAUGAGAGCUCGAGGGGUGCUGAAGGAUCGCGGCUGGAGGAUAUCCAAUGACAGAUUAGGCUCUGGAGAUGACAUCUCUGUCUACAUCAUCCCCCUUAUGUUUGGAAACAAAACUAGCCAAACUACAACACCAUAACAUAACCCCCUCAUUCCUUCCGGUAUUAUCUUUUCAACUGCUUCUAUGUGGAUUUCCUCCUUUACCGACAGAUCCAAGUGGUUUGUGGUCAGAGAUGGGAUCUCUGUCCAGGUUUCCUCUGUGUCAUCCAGUCCAGAGUGGCAUAUUUUGGUCUGGUUCUCAAGUGGAAAGGUAAACAAUUGUAGGAACUGCUAUGACUUGAACUACAGUUUUUUGUCUUUGUUUUGAGGAAGCCAUUUUGAACUCAGCUUUGGGUAAAAGGUUAAAGAUCCUGAACUCUCGUGAAGGCGACGUUCAUCUCAGGACAUCUUCAGAUAAUAUUUAGAAAUGUGAAAAAUGUAAAUACUUGCACAAAUUUGACAAGACUGCUACUAACUGAAUACAUGUACAGUGUAAAAAAAAUCUGCAACAAUCAUAAACUUGAUACUGCGCACAUGUCAAUCAUAACACCUCUGUUCCAUGUAGACGCUCAUUUGGCUCAAGCUCCAGAAACACAUUUAUGAAGAAAAAGAUUUAGUUAAAUCUGGGAUCUCACUGGGCUACGACUGUUGGGCUUAAAUUGUGAAUUAGAUUCUCAAACAAGUUUCUCAAACACCCAGAAACAUCUGCAGGGCAUUGCUUACGUGCUGCAAAACUUUUUGAGUGAAGCACUGAGUUCGACCCAGGACUGCAGGCAUCAGGCAGCAGCUGUGAGCCAAAUGUUCAUGGGCCCCAUAUGGAAUAUGUAUGGGCAAGCUGAAUGGGCCCCAACAAGUUUUUCCACACUUUUCAUGGUGUCCCCAUUGGGCAGGGGUAUACAACCCCCGGAGAGCAGCUACCCAACAUGUUUUUGAUGUUUCCCUGCUCUAACAGUUGAAUCUCCUUUUCAGAAGCUCAUCACGCUCUUCAGACGUCUGGUAUUCUCCUACUGAUUUAAAUUAGGUGUGUUGAAGCUGAGAAAAACGAAAACAGCUGAAUAGCAGCUCUCUAGGAUCCACAGAGAUUGUAAAGGGGCAAUGAAUGAGUCAAACCAUCUGGGUCCCUCUGAAAACCCAUAUAGGGUUCAAAUGUAUAUGGGCAAACUCUAUAUAGGCAAACCCCUGUGGGGCCAAAGUGGACAUUUGCCCAUAUACAUUCCAUAUGGGGCCCACCAAUAUAUGCUGGCUUGUCAAAAAAAUUUAAAUAAAACAUGGAGCAUAACUAAACUACAAUAUAACCACCAUGUCAGAGAUGGAAGGACAGUUCAAAACAUUGGCAAAAACAGGCUAAUGGGAUAAACAGCAGAGCUGAGAAACUAAGGACUAGGUGUACAGGGACAAUUACAUGAGGCAUGUUUUCACUGUCUGAACUUCAGGGUAAUAUUACCAGAACUUCCCAGUGUGUGUGUCUCCACUUCACAGAGCUAGCCGAACAGGCCGUUUACCGGGCCAUUUUCACGAACUAACGAAGUACCUGAACAGGGGUAGUAACUCAAAAAGGCCUGGUAGAGUUGCUGGGCUGAAUUUUUGGUUAACUCAUUCUGAUUGGUUGGAACACAGUAGGAUAUGACAUCAGCAGACAUCAACCAAAACAGUCGGCAUUCGUGAAAUUUGAAGAGCUGGUUGCGAAGCAAAAUAGAAGCACAAGCAAAUAAGCACCAUUCGCACUGAUUUAAAACCACUGUUAUUAAACCUCCAAUGCCGAAAAAUGCAGCGGAGCCCCCAAUUCACAGGGCUUUGUUGUGGCUGCUUCUUCUGGUCAAUGAAUGACACAUUUACAUCACACAUCCGCUCUCCCAGUCCUCUGAAUGAAUUAAAUAGCUGUACAAUUUUUAAUGCUACUGUGGACAGUUUUUGUCACUCACUGCCAAAGCAGUCGCGACAUGCUGAUGUUUGAGCUAAGUCCUGAAAGGGCUGAAUUUGUAUACAACAGCUGAGAGGACCGGGCCAUCAAAUUCCCCUUUCCAGAAGUUACCCUGAAGUUCCAACAAUGGAAAUACACCUCUAAAGACGAGCUGAGAAACAAACAAACAAACACACACACGCAUGCACGCACACACACAUUACAAUACACUAAUAAUAAUAGUAAAUACAGAUAACGGUAUAUGUACACCAAAACACUACAGUUAUGACUCCAUGAACACAUUCUCAUCGGUGUCUCCAAACAAUCUCAUACGCUUCCCAGUUCAGCUUCUGAAAGCCAGUUUGAGAAAUGUUUACAAGAGUUGCCAAACUAUCAAACUAGGUUGUGAAAAAAGAGAAAACAAAGACUAAACAAAAACACCUACAGGGAAAUUUGUUCAUGUGCAGCACAGGUGCAAGUUCUGCCUUUAUUCCUCCCGCUAUCUGCUCCUUUACUGUUUGAGAUUCACAAAGCAAACAGCACAAAUUAUGAGCUGGCACAAAUGUGUUCAUGACAUGCAGCAGGUUAGAGCAAGGAGCACUCAUUAGUGUCGGACUGGGAACAUAUGGACACGGCAGGGGGAGAAGUGACAGCCAAAAAGAAACAACUGUUUUCUCAGAGUGAGCUGCAGGUCUUAGUAGAUGAAGAACAAAGUCACUGAUUCUGAUCAUCAGUUUCUGGCUGCUAAGGACUUUUAUCAACACCACUCCUCCUCAUUACAAAUCACAUUCAGGAUUACAUUCUUGUGCUUCACAGAAUUGUUGUGGUUUCACUUUAUAUUCAAACUGAUUUCAGUCUAAUCAGCAAAGUUCUUGAUUCCAUCAGCCUGAAGAUUUAUGUUGCACUUGCAAAAAUAGUGCAAGCCUUUGUUGAGUUCAUGCUUUUGUAGCCCAACUGUGGUAACUAACAACAGGUGAGAAUAUUUUUCUCACAACGUUUUAGUCUUCAACAGUUGUCAACAGUUUCAGUCGAGUCACUUAAGCUCCAUAGAGCGUUACACAUAACCACAAAACUAAACAAAAGAAGACUUGUUUCUGGUGAACGUUGCCAAUCAUAUGCAGUUAUUCUUUAAAGGUUUUGCUGUCUUUUCCAUUUUCCGUGGCUGUUAGCAUGCUGAAACGUGCCAUCUUUAGGUGACAUAGCAACACGUAGUAUGUGAAACCUAAAGACCGUUUCUCCGAUAAAGUCGAAGCUCAUCCCUGAGAUUUCCGGGUGCCUCUGAUGUGAAUUCUCUGAUCUUUAGUUUUGUUUAGGUGUUAUAUUUACUAGAAGUGGCUAAUGUGAGUGAAACAAGGGACAGAGUCAUUUCAUUUCAAUGUAAAUAAUGUCUUCAGUGGUUGCUCUCUUUUGUCAUGUACAUUUUUAUCAACUGAAACGAGUAAUUUGUACUUAUUUUAAAAGGUGAAUGGUUUAAGGAAUUUUGUUUGAAAGAUGGAUUGAAACAAAAAUAAAAUGGUUACUUUUGACAUUUUAA